AUGCAGUACUUAGUUCUUCUUGCCGUAGCCAGCGUCGCGCUGGCCAACUCCCAAAAUUCGGGCUACGAGGCAGCUGAAGUAGUGCAGCCGCCCCCAGCUGUUCCACCGUCAUCAAGUGGAGGCGAUCAGCAAGCUUACAACAGUGAUGGCAGCCAGGGCCAAACUGCUCCAGUGCACCCUCCACCUUCUUCACCACUGCUUCCUUCACCUUCUUCAAUGUCUCAACCUAGCAACCCACUUCCAGUACCACCCAGUUAUCCCGUAUUCCACUCCUAUUCCUCCUCCCUUAUUCACCUCCUACAUGACCUCCUCCUAUUCACAUCUACACCUCUGCCCUACAAACCCAUUCUCCAGCACCGACUAGCUACCCGUCUCCAGCAUCACCCGCAGCUAUCCGGCACCUCCCCACCAAGUAUCCGGUUUGUUAAAUAA